AUGGAAGUCAAUGGUGAACCAGAUAUAGCUGGUAUUUUAAGCGCGGCUUUAAUGCCAUUGAAAGAUAUGAAACAUGCAGAUAUUUUGGACCAGUAUGAAAUGAACAUGGCUGAUGGAAAUAUAACACCUGACGUUCUAGAACAUUUAUCUCAAAGAACUACACAGAACCAUAGAGAUGGUAUAUUUGGUGAAGAGUUUAGAAAGAAAGUUAGGGAGGGAGAAGGAAGAGAACCUAUUGUACAUGACCUUGCAAACGAAAGUUUACAAAAUGUCAUAAAAACUUACUUUGCAGACAAUGAACCGAGAAGGGAUGAAUAUUUAAGAAAACUCAAAUGGACAGUACCAAAUGAAAUGUUAGUAUUGAAAAACAUGUUCCUUGACAAAAUAAAACCAACUACAGAAAUAAACGACGCAAGACUGAAAGAUUGGGUAGAAGCUUUCCCAUUCACAAAAGAUAUAGUUGGUAACAUGGAAAGAAAACCAGAAUGGCUACAAAAACAUAUAUUUGGAAACGAGCAUAUUCCAUAUGGACAGGCACUGUUUGAAGAGCUUGAACCGGAAACUCAGGAAAGAGUCAUGCAAACAAUACGCGAAGACUCAAAUACAAACUAUGACAAAAUCUUUCUAGGAUAUAGGUUACCUGAGAUGGGCGACCAGAGCCCAAAGGCAAAAAGGACAUGGGAAAUUUGCAACAUACUAGAUGAACAUAAUGCAAAGAUGCAACAACUUCAAGCAGAGGGCAAUGAAGGAAAAAGAAGAGUUAAAAACUCAGUCAGGAAGAAAGUAAAGCUUGGUCGGAGUGGGUUCUAUUAUGACAUAUAA